AGCCUUUUUGUUUUUUUUCCCCUUCUUCUUUCCCGCGGCUGUUUGAAAGCUCCGGCAACCGUCAUCAUGUCUCGCGGGGAAGCGAAACUGGGACUCCCGCCGGGUCUCGGGUUAUACCUGAAAGAGAACCGUCUCGCCACGUUUACCCAGUGGCCCUUCGUCUCCGACUGUUCCUGCACGGCGGACAAGAUGGCUGAAGCUGGAUUCAUUCACUGUCCUAUUGAGAAUGCUUCCGAUGUGGCACAAUGUUUUAUAUGCUUUAAAGAAUUAGAGGGAUGGGAACCUGAUGAUGACCCCAUGGAAGAGCACCGUAAACACUCCCCCAACUGUGCAUUUCUUGCUCUACGGAAAGACAUUUGUGACCUGACAGUACAGGAAUUUGUGAAACUUCGUAAAGAGAGGAUGAACAAUUUGAUUGAAAAAGAAGUUAAGCACACAAUUACUGAGAUGGAGAAAUAUGCUCAGUUGAUCCGAGGGAAAAUAAACAACCUGCGUUAAUAAACUGCAUAUGCCAUUGGAUGCUGUGGCUUUUUUGAAUGUCUAAAUUGUAUUGAGCAAGAUCAAAAGCUGAGUUUCUCAGCCUGCUGUUCAAAUGUAUGUUAAGUUUUUUUGUAGUUACUUCUUAUGGAAUUUCUUCCGAUGUGUUUAUGAAUAAAUGUUCCU